AGACCUUUAGUUAUACGACGGAUUUAUAUAUUUUUAACUACCCCUUUAGCUAGCUAGCUUAACCGAAGGCAAUUGUUUUGUAUUCAAAAUUAUUAGCGAUACUUGCUUUAUUAUAGCUUGCUGGGUGCUUCAUAUUGUAAAGCUACUUACUCUCUCGUCAUUAUGGACGAGGAAUAUUACGAAAGGAAUAUUGGAGACUGGGAUGGUCCGGAUGGCAAUGAUGUUCCUUCCUUGGCUGAAGUGAUGUGACUUCCAUCUAGCAGGACGACUAUGUUGAGGGGGAGAACGAUGGGAAAGUUCAGGAGGACUGCCUACAGAAGUUCUCCAGCAGAGAUUACAUCAUGGAGCCUGCUGUCUUCAACACCCUCAAAACAUAUUUCCAAGCUGGUGGCUCCCCUGAACAUGUCAUCCAGCUCCUGUCAGAGAACUACUCUGCCGUGGCACAGACUGUCAACCUGCUGGCAGAGUGGCUCAUCCAGAUGGGUGUAGAGCCUGCUCAGGUGCAAGAGCGGGUAGAGAAUCACUUGAAAAGUCUCCUGAUCAAGCACUUUGACCCCCAGAAGGCAGACUCCAUUUUUACUGUAGAGGGAGAGACUCCUGCCUGGCUGGAACAAAUGAUCGCCCACACCACCUGGAGAGACCUUUUCUACAAGCUGGCCGAGGCCCACCCUGACUGUCUGAUGCUCAACUUCACUGUCAAACUCAUAUCAGAUGCAGGCUACCAGGGGGAGAUCACCAGUGUGUCGACGGCGUGCCAGCAGCUAGAGGUGUUCUCCAGGGUCCUAAGGACCUCUCUGGCCACGCUGCUGGAUGGAGGAGAGGACAACCUAGAGAAGAACCUGCCAGAAUUCGCUAAGAUGGUGUGUCACGGGGAGCACACAUACCUGUUUGCCCAGGCCAUGAUGUCCAUCAUGUCUCAGGAGGAGCAGGGGGGGUCGGCAAUGCGCAGGAUCGGCCAGGAAGUACAGAAGUCUGCACAUCAGAGGGGCCAUGAUGCCAGUCAGAUCACUCUGGCAUUGGGCACAGCAGCAGCCUACCCUCGAGCCUGCCAGGCCCUGGGUGCAAUGCUGUCCAAAGGAGCACUCAACCCUGCCGACAUCACUGUGCUCUUCAAGAUGUUCAGCAGCAUGGACCCACCUCCCGUAGAGCUGAUCCGAGUGCCUGCGUUCCUCGACCUGUUCAUGCAGUCGCUGUUCAAGCCGGGCUCAAAGAUCAACCAGGACCAUAAACACAAAUACAUUCACAUCCUGGCCUAUGCUGCUAGUGUGGUUGAAACAUGGAAAAAGAACAAGCGAGUGAACAUCAACAAGGACGAGCUCAAAUCCACCUCCAAGGCCAUUGAGACAGUCCAUAACCUGUGUUGCAAUGAGAAUAAAGGAGCCACAGAACUGGUGGCUGAGCUCAGCACCCUGUACCAGUGCAUCCGGUUCCCAGUUGUUGCCAUGGGGGUACUGAAGUGGGUUGAUUGGACUGUCUCUGAGCCCCGCUACUUCCAGCUCCAGACAGACCACACCCCUGUCCACCUGGCACUUCUGGAUGAGAUCAGCACCUGUCACCAGCUUCUGCACCCACAGGUCCUCCAUUUACUGAUCAAGCUCUUUGAGACCGAACACUCCCAGCUCGACGUCAUGGAGCAGAUGGAGCUGAAGAAGACCCUGUUGGACCGUAUGGUCCAUCUGCUGAGUCGAGGCUACGUGCUGCCUGUGGUCGGAUACAUCCGCAAGUGCCUGGAGAAGCUCAACACAGACAUCUCUCUCAUCCGCUACUUUGUAACGGAGGUGUUGGAUGUGAUUGCCCCUCCGUACACUUCAGACUUUGUCCAGCUGUUCCUGCCCAUCCUGGAGAACGACAGCAUCGCUGGCACAAUACGCACAGAGGGAGAACACGAUCCUGUUGCUGAGUUUAUAGCUCACUGCAAAUCCAACUUCAUCAUGAUGAACUGAGAAUGAUGCUGGUGGGUCCACCUUGGAUGAGGAUGUAGUGGGAAUACCAGGGAGGGGCAGAAGGCGUGACCUCGGUUAUGAGCCAAUCAUACCUUGACGUGUUCUGCUGUGGACUGGUGGACGAGGAAUAGAAAAAUUGAGGCAGACCAUUUGCAUAUAGACUGACCUGCGAUUUUGCGUUCUUUUCAAAUGUGGCGUAAACACGAGAAUUAAAAGGAUGUAGUAGUGUAUCAUUGCUUAUCACAGUUAAUAAGGGUCUGGAGGUUUGAGGAUAACUUGUUUUACAGUGCAGCUCCAUCAUUGGUUUCACUGUAGUUUCCAUUGGUAUGUGCCAAGUUCCAUUUUCUGUUGCAUUGUCUUUUGAUUUUUAUAAAUGUUAAAAUAUGACUGCUCAAAAGAUUAAAAAAAUGUUAAUUGAAAA